AUGGCGGAAAACGGGUUCUUCGUCCUUCACCAAGCCAAUGGCAAGCAGCCGGGUCAAGCACAACCAGCACAGAGACAGGCGCAGCCAGCAGUACAGCAACAAACUGCUGCAAGGCCCAACGCUGCACAACAGGCGUACCCUCACAACACUCAGCAACCCAUGUGGAAUCAUGCUCAGAUGAAUCCUAUUUAUUCCGGGCCGAGCGUGAUUAGCGAUGUGAGCCAGGGGCUGAUGACAGACGAGGACAGGCGGAAAGCUCUCACUUCAUACACGGCUUUCCAGUGGGAGAAGAUUCCCAACAAGGACGAGACUAGCUCAAAUGUAUCUCGGAAGAGCCGCUGGGAACGAGCAAUUAGGACGCAGGAGCGCCACAUAUCCGAAAAGGACAUCAUAAAGCAGAUCAGACAUCUCGACCGCACCACAAAGCACUACCUCGACAAGAAGAAGGAUCUUGAUCCAGCUGCCCAGCGACAGAUAACGACAGCACAGGAGCAACUGAUGCUUAGCGAUCCGGACAGGAAUAAUUUUCGUUGGCACUUGGCUCAGAUUGAUCACCAGCUGCGCGAGCUCCCGGCUGUGAGCGAUGGUCGAACGCUCAGCAGCCCUCCGUCAACCAUGUCCAUUGGAAUCAAGCCCAACAUCUAUCACAGGGAAAUCGUCCACUGGGAAAUCAUCCCGCUGCGCAAGCCUCAAAACAGCAACAGCCACAACCCAUCUCGUCUCAACAUGGAGUGA